AUGGACAUUGACUAUGCUAUUAGAAAACGAGAACCACCGGGUAUUACUGAGACUAGCAAUUCAGAUGCCAUUGAUCUUUAUGAAAAAUGGGAGAGGUCAAAUCGUCUCUCCGUAACGUUCAUAAAAACCAACAUUUCCACUAGAAUCCGGGGUUCGAUUGAUCAGUAUGAGAAUGUCAAGGAUUUAUUGAGGGCUAUUAAUGAGAAAUUUACGACAUCUGAUAAAUCUCUUACCAGCACCCUUAUAAUGCAGUUUUCAUCCUUAAAGCUCACUGGAAUUAAGGGAGGUAUGGAAAACCUAAGGAAACCGAUGGGAAGUGAGCAACGCAUCUAUUCAGGAAGCAAGAUGAGUUCACAUGUAGAAGCCAUUGGGACGUGCAAUUUAGUUUUAAGCAGUGAUUUUGUUUUAUGUUUAGAAAAGAAUUUUUAUGUUCCUUGUUUUAGCAAGAACUUGAUUUCUAUUUCACAACUAUCACAUUUGGGUUUUUCCUUUAAUUUUAUGGAUUCUGGUUUUACUUUAUUGAAUAAAUCCAAAGUUAUUGGCUUUGGGGAAUUAUGCGACGGUCUUUACUUUAUUAAAUUGCAAAACAACGCUGCUUAUAGUUCUAUGCAUGUUUCCGCUGGGUUAAAAAGAUGUGUUAUGAAUGAGGAUUCUUCUGUUUUAUGGCACCGUAGAUUGGGACAUAUCUCCAUUGAGAGAAUUAAGCGAUUAGUAAAUGAAGGAGUACUUAGUACUUUGGAUUUUACUGAUUUUGAGACUUGUGUGGAUUGCAUUAAGGGAAAACAAACUAACAAGUCCAAAAGAGGUGCUAAGAGGAGUUCAAGUUUACUAGAAAUUAUUCAUACAGAUAUUUGGUGUCCGGAUAUGGAUGCAAGUAGUCCAAAAUACUUUAUCACCUUUAUAGAUGAUUACUCACGAUACAUGUAUCUGUACUUACUUCGUUCUAAGGAUGAAGCCUUAGAUGCCUUUAAAGUUUUUAAGGUUGAAAUAGAGUUACAAUGUGGAAAGAAAAUUAAGAUUGUGAGAUCAGACAGAGGUGGAAAGUACUAUGGUAGAUACACGGAGAAUGGACAAGCACCUGGUCUGUUUGCUAGAUUUCUUCAAGAACAUGGGAUUGUUGCCCAAUAUACCAUGCCUGGCUCUCCAGAUCAGAAUGGUGUAGCAGAAAGAAGAAAUCGAACCUUGAUGGAUAUGGUGAGAAGUAUGAGGAGUAAUUCAAAACUUCCUCAGUUCUUGUGGACUAAAGCACUUAAGACGACGAUCUCUACUGAAAAGUCUAAAGGGUAUAAAUUCUAUUGUCCAACUCAUAACACUAAUAUUGUGGAAUCAAGAAAUGCAAAGUUUCUUGAAAAUGACUUGAUUAGUGGGAGUGAUUUAAAUCAAGAUGUUGAUCUUGAAAAAGAUCACUAUGAAGCUCAAACCUCUCAAUCAAAUGAUAGAUUGGUAGUCAUUCACGCUCCUCCAGUUCAAAAGCGUAUUAGACAACCAAUAAUUGAAGUUCCACAAAUUGCUGAGAAUGAUAAUGUAGAUCAAGUUGUUGAUGAGGAGCAACAAGUAAAUGUUAAACAACCAGUUGAACAACAAGCUUCUCAUCAAGAUGUUGAGACAACAUUAAGAAGAUCUACUAGAAUCAAAAGACCAGCAGUUUCUAGUGAUUAUGAAGUGUAUUUGCAAGAAUCGGAUUACAACAUUGGCGCCGAAAAUGAUCCUGAAACGUUUUCACAAGCCAUGAGUUCUAAGGAAUCAAAUUUGUGGCAUAAUGCUAUGAAAGAUUGA